UACAGAUUGGCGCCUCUUUAUUAAGCCCAACCCAUAACGAUAAGCAUCUGUUUGGACACAAGGAUAUUAGUACCCCUUUCGCGUCAUAAACAAAUCUACGAAAGAGUUUUAAAAGCCUCUCUUCCGGUCAGCGGGUUUUGAAGAAAGACAAUAAGUUCAAAACUUUGGGAUAAACGAUCAACUUUGGGAUAAACACCGCCGCGAAAACCACCGUAUCACCUCAAAACGCAGCGUAUAAUGGCUUCUUCCUCGUCUGAGCCACUUGAACUAAUCGUCAACGUCCUCUCAGCCAAGCACUUGAAGAACGUCAACUGGCGCAACGGAGACCUGAAACCCUACGUCGUUCUGUACCUCGACUCGGAUCACCGCCUCUCCACUCGCUCCGAUGAUUCGACUAAACCGGUGUGGAACGAGCGGAUCACUCUUCCUCUCACCAGAUCCGUCCACGAAUCGGUCCUCAGCGUCGAGAUUUUUCAUUCUAACUCGUCGGAUCUGGCGAAGGCACUCGUCGGAUCGGUUAGGUUUCCGUUGGUUCGAUUAGUUGACUACGAGGGGGCGUUUAACUCGCUCGAGCUGAUCCGUCCCUCGGGUCGGACCCAAGGGAAGAUUCGCUUGAAGCUCGAGAUCAAGGAGCGGCCGAUCCCACCUCAAAAUUACUAUUCUGCCCCUAAUGGUUUACAGCCGAUCCAAGCUCAAAAUUUCUAUUCUGCCCCUGAAGGAAACCGUUAUUACUCCCCACCUCCAGCUCCGAUCACCUCGCCGUCUCCUCAGCGCGAUUACAGAGACUUCUCACCUUAUCCAUUCACUGAUCACUACUAUUCCAGAUUCUACUACCCUCCCCCUCCUCCUCCGCCACGUUCUAUGUACGAUCGUGCCUCCAAUUACAGCCUGCCGCGUGUCCCAUCUGCUCCCGUUGAUCACAAUCCUCUUCCUCCUCGGUUUCCCAACUACCCUCCACCGCCCAGUGGCCCGCCAUCAGCUCCCGUCGAUGCCUUUCCGGUGAACGACGCUCCAUCAGCUCCCGUUGAUGCCUUUCCGGCGAACGAGUACAAGCCGCAAGACCCACCUGUGAGCUCGAGAUUCUCCAGUUAUGGAGUGCCAAGUGGCCCAUCGGCGCCGGUGGAUUACUCUCCUUACGAUCACAGGCAGUUGCAGAAGACGAUGGGUGGGUUGAGCUUGGAGGAAGAGAGGGCUGUUGCGGCGGAGAGGUCUGAGAGCGAGUUUGGAGCUGGGCCGAGCAACAGCUACUGCCGUGACUAUCGCCGUGAAUGUUAGGAGAGGAGCUAAAAAAAGCUUUGGAGUUUCAUAAGUGUGUGAUGUUAUAAGUCUUUGUUAUCAUCGUAGUUACCCUCCGUGUUGUGUGCUUAUAGAUCACCAAGUAAUGGGUGAUGGAAAGUAUUAACCUUUGAGGAUAUGAUAUGUCUAUAAAUCUAUAUGUAUUCCGUUUCUCUUAUGUGUCUGAAGAACAGUUUAGAAGGUUGGCACCCUUUCUGUGCCUUUGUAAAUGUUUCAAAAACAUCUUCAGUAUCUUAUAUUAUUUCAGCUUCUUUCUUGAA